AUGCAGUCGUUCAUCGGCCUCAGAUCGGUGUGUGUUAACGGCCGCAGUGUGGUGCUUCAGUCCAGGGUCGACCCGGAGCCUCCGGAGGAACCAGAGAGAACCCCCCAGCGCAGAGGCCUGAAGGAGGCUAGGAAGGAGGCAAGGAAGGAAACUAGGAAGGAGGCUAGGAAGGAGUCUAGGAAGGAGUCUAGGAAGGAGUCUAGGAAGGAGUCUAGGAAGGAGGCUAGGAAGGAGGCUAGGAAGGAGGCUAGGAAGGAGGCUAGGAAGGAGGCUAGGAAGGAGGCUAGGAAGGAGGCUAGGAAGGAGGCUAGGAAGGAGGCAAGGAAGGAGGCAAGGAAGGAGGCAAGGAAGGAAACUAGGAAGGAGGCUAGGGGGGAGGCUAGGAAGGAGGCAAGGGAGGCAAGGAAGGAGGCUAGGAAGGAGGCAAGGAAGGAGGCAAGGAAGGAAACUAGGAAGGAGGCUAGGGGGGAGGCUAGGAAGGAGGCAAGGGAGGCAAGGAAGGAGGCUAGGGAGGAGGCAGGAAAGGAGGCAAGGAAGGAGGCAAGGAAGGAGGCUAAGAAGGAGGCUAAGAAGGAGGCUAAGAAGGAGGCUAAGAAGGAGGCUAAGAAGGAGGCUAAGAAGGAGGCUAAGAAGGAGGCUAAGAAGGAGGCUAAGAAGGAGGCUAAGAAGGAGGCUAAGAAGGAGGCUAAGAAGGAGGCUAAGAAGGAGGCUAAGAAGGAGGCUAAGAAGGAGGCUAAGAAGGAGACUAGGAAGGAGGCUAAGAAGGAGACUAGGAAGGAGGCUAGGAAGGAGGCUAGGAAGGAGGCAAGGAAGGAGGCUAGGGAGAGGCCAGGGAGGAGGCUAGGAAGGAGGCUAGGAAGGAGGCUAGGAAGGACUAGGAAGGAGGCUAGGAAGGAGGCAUGGAAGGAGGCUAAGAAGGAGGCUAAGAAGGAGGCGAGGAAGGAGGCUAAGAAGGAGACUAAGAAGGGGACUAAGAAGGAGACUAAGAAGGAGACUAAGAAGGAGACUAGGAAGGAGGCUAGGAAGGGGACUAAGAAGCAGACUAAGAAGCAGACUAAGAAGCAGACUAAGAAGGAGACUAAGAAGGAGACUAAGAAGGAGACUAAGAAGGAGACUAAGAAGGAGACUAAGAAGGAGACUAAGAAGGAGACUAAGAAGGAGGCAUGGAAGGAGGCUAGGAAGGAGGCUAGGAAGGAGGCUAGGAAGGAGGCUAGGAAGGAGGCUAGGAAGGAGGCUAAGAAGGAGGCUAAGAAGGAGGCUAAGAAGGAGGCUAAGAAGGAGGCUAAGAAGGAGGCUAAGAAGGAGGCUAAGAAGGAGACUAAGAAGGAGACUAAGAAGGAGACUAAGAAGGAGACUAAGAAGGAGGCUAAGAAGGGGGCUAAGAAGGGGGCUAAGAAGGGGGCUAAGAAGGAGGCUAAGAAGGAGGCUAAGAAGGAGGCUAAGAAGGAGGCUAAGAAGGAGGCUAAGAAGGAGGCUAAGAAGGAGACUAAGAAGGAGACUAAGAAGGAGACUAAGAAGGAGACUAAGAAGGAGACUAAGAAGGAGACUAAGAAGGAGACUAAGAAGGAGACUAAGAAGGAGGCUAGGAAGGAGGCUAGGAAGGAGGCUAGGAAGGAGGCUAGGAAGGAGGCUAGGAAGGAGGCAUGGAAGGAGACUAAGAAGGAGGCAUGGAAGGAGGCUAGGAAGGAGACUAGGAAGGAGACUAAGAAGGAGGCAUGA